CCACGCCGCACUUUCAUCAACACUCGUCUUCAACCACCGACAACAAGCCACAGCAACGUCAAGAUGGGUCGCGUUCGCACAAAGACCGUCAAGAAGUCGGCCAAAGUCAUCAUCGAACGAUACUACCCCAAACUCACCCUCGACUUCGAGACCAACAAGAGAAUAUGCGAUGAAAUCGCCAUUAUUGCCUCGAAGCGUCUUCGCAACAAGAUUGCCGGCUACACUACUCAUCUGAUGAAACGUAUCCAACGAGGACCAGUACGAGGCAUCUCCUUCAAGCUACAAGAAGAGGAGCGAGAACGCAAGGAUCAAUACGUGCCUGAAAUCUCGGCCUUGGACUUCACCCAGAACACCGAGAGCGGACAGUUGGAUGUGGACGCCGACACCAAGGACCUUCUCAAGGCUUUGGGCUUUGACUCGAUCUCAGUCAACGUCGUCCCCGUCACCCAGCAACAGACCACCGAGAGAGGCCGCAGAGUUUUCGGCACCGAUAGACCCGGUCGUCGCGACUAGAUUCGUCCUCCUUUUGGACUUUUGCCGGCAAUCUAGUAAUUGAUCAUGAUGAUGAUGGAGGAUUACACUUCUUCAACUGGUGGGAGAUUUCGGCCAGGAAGGACAUGUGCAAGCAAUCACAGAUCUAACGGGAGUAAAAUACCCGGGAGGUAGACCUGGUGGAGGCUUCGUCCGAUGUAAAACCAGGUAUCAUCUGCCUUGGGCAGCAGCUCCAUCCUUUAGGAGACACCGACAUGUUGGUCCUCAAGGAGAGCGCUGCCCUGGUAAGGGUCUGAGCCACGAUCCUGAUCCAUAAAAACAACAAAAUUCCACAACUACAAGGUGUCGCCUAGUCCUUAGGACGAAGCUUGAUUGCCAAAAUGUUUCGUUUCCUCCUUCCCUGGUUUGGUGUCUCGCGGUCAACGCAGUCGAGUCGUCUUCUCAACGUUGACACUGC